GCGCGUAGGCAAACUCUUCUUUGCAUUAUAAAGAUUCCAAAUGCAUACUUGAUAGGGCCAUUAUUACCAUUGUUUCUUAUCAGCUUAUUGUACUCCGCGACCAAUCGUAUGUAAGCGUAUUUAGUUAUUCCACUUAUUCACGCUGAUAUCAGCAGCUACAGCAGAAGACUAAAAAGCAUUUAGUAAGAGUAGGUAUUAAAUAGGAUAACGCAGCUAUCUCUCCCUGGGAACUUAGUUUCAGUCAGCACUCCAUCAGUUUCAUUCGAUUGCCCUGGCAGAUGCUCAUCUUUGGAAGGUGAAAACUCCAUGAACACGGUGCUCAAGAUGACUUCCAAAAGGCAGCUCUUCCUGAUGUCGUCAUCCGCCGUCCACGGAUACGAGUACCUUCAGCAUGCCGAACAGGAUCUCAGUAACUAUUUCAAAAAAAAUAAUGUCAACAAAGUUCUGUUCGUGCCCUACGCCUUGGCUGAUCACGACCGCUACACCGAGAAGGUGGGAACCGUUCUGAAAAGAUGGGGCUUCGACUGCGAGGGCGUCCACAGCAAACCGGACCCGGUAGCGGCGGUACAGGAAGCCCAAGCCAUCUACAUCGGUGGAGGCAACACGUUUCUGCUGCUCAAAACCCUGUACGACCGUGGUUUGGUGGAACCCAUUCGGGAUCGGGUGCUGAACCAUUCGGUGCCCUACGUGGGAAGUUCGGCCGGAACGAACGUGGCAACGAAGAGUAUCCGGACGACGAACGACAUGCCGAUUGUGUAUCCGCCGUCGUUCGAUGCGCUACAGCUGGUUCCUUUCAACAUCAAUCCGCACUAUUUGGACCCGGAAGUGGGCGGAACGCAUAAGGGAGAAACCAGGGAGGAGCGUAUUCUGCAGUUUCACGAGCAGAACGACACGCCGGUGUUGGGAUUAAGGGAAGGAAGCACUCUGCUCGUGGAGGGUGAUAAGGCGACGUUGACUGGGACACGCAAGGCAAGACUGUUUAGAAAGGAUAGCCAGCCCGAGGAGUUCGAUACCGGAUCGGAUUUGAGCUUUUUGCUGAAUUUGUGAGGUGUGGGUUUUGUUUAAAGUUGUUAAAUAUUCGUAUAAUGUUUGAAA